AUGGGCAAGAAGCGUGUUUUGGUCAGCUACGGAGUAGAUAUCGACGCUGUAGCCGGUUGGCUGGGGUCAUAUGGCGGAGAGGACAGUUCCAAUGACAUCAGUCGAGGCCUCUUUGCCGGCCAUAUCGGCACAACGCGACUGCUGAAGCUAUUCGAGAAGUAUGGCAUCAAAGCGACAUGGUUCAUCCCCGGUCAUUCCCUUGAGACCUUUCCGGAGGAGUGCGCCAUGGUCCGCGAUCAGGGGCACGAGAUCGGUCUCCACGGAUAUAGCCACGAGAACCCAACCGACAUGACUAUCGAGCAACAGCGUGACAUCCUGGACAAGACCUACCAUAUGAUAUACAAUUUCUGCGGCAAGCCGCCACGAGGCAUCGUUGCUCCAUGGUGGGAAACGAGCAAAGAAAUGGCUGAUCUGCUGCUUUCCUAUGGAAUUGAGUACGAUCAUUCCAUGUCUCAUCAUGAUUGCCAGAUGUACUGGCUGCGGACAGGCGACUCGUGGACUAAGAUCGACUAUAAGCAGAAGGCUGAGACGUGGAUGAAGCCCCUCGUCCGGGGCCAGGAUACAGGGCUUGUCGAGAUCCCCGGAAAUUGGUACAUCGAUGACUUGCCGCCGAUGAUGUUCAUCAAAUCGGCACCGAACAGCCAUGGAUGGGUGAAUCCAAGAGACAUUGAGGACAUCUGGAAGGAUCACUUUGACUACUUCUACCGCGAGUACGACGAGUUUGUUUUCCCGAUGACUAUACAUCCCGAUGUGUCUGGACGUCCGCAUGUGCUCCUAAUGCAUGAGAGAAUCAUUGAGCAUAUCAACAAGCACGAAGGCGUAGAAUGGGUGACAUUCGAGCAAAUGUGCGACGAGUUCAAGAGCAAGAACAAGCCACCCGAGGGGGCAAGAAUGCCUGAAGCUCCCAUGCCUCUAAAGCAGGCUUGA